CGCGUACCUUCAAGUACACAUUGCGGCUGUGGGAGGGCGAGUCGGGGGCUGGGGCGACGCAGGUGCGCCUGUCGCGAGGACGCCUCUACCCUGCACUGGAGGAGGUUGCCGUGGGGACGGCGGGGGCGGGGCCCACGCCCGCGCAUGCUCAGGAACGACGCCGACUAAUGACGCACUUCGCAGGCGCGCAGGCUGCAGGGCCGUUGGGUCCCAUGGAGGAAAAGGUGCUGGUUCGGAAGGUGUCGGCAUUGCAGGCCUGCGUCCGGGGCUUCUUGGUCCGACGCCAGUUCCAGAGCCUGCGAGCUGAGUAUGAGGCGAUUGUACGGGAGGUCGAGGGCGAUCUGGGCACGCUUCAGUGGACCGAGGGCCAGAUUCCCAGGCCGCGAUUCCUCCCAGAGAAGGCAAAAUCCCAUCAGACCUGGAAAGCAGGAGACAGGGUAGCAAAUCCAGAGCAGGGGCUGUGGAAGCACUUCCCAUGUAAAGAGUCUGAGGGAGUGGCCACCUGGGAGGAGAUGGUGCUGAAGAAGUCAGGAGAGAGCUCAGCAAAUCAAGGAAGCGUCUGCAGAGAUCACAGCUCCUGGCUUCAGAUGGAGCAGAACAGGAAACCCAGCCAAGAGGAGACCAGAGACAUGACAAGGAUGGAGAAUCCAGAAGCCACAGAUCCAAGACUGCCCCACAGCCAACCUCAGCUUCAAGAACUUCAGUACCACUGCAGCCACUUGGCCAUGGAAUUGCUGUGGCUGCAACAGGCCAUCAAUAGCCGUAAGGAGUACCUAAUUCUCAAACAAACACUGAGAUUCCCAGAGGCAGGCCCGAUCAGAGAGGAGCCCAGUGUGUGCCCAGAACAUGGGGAACAGACCUGUGAGAGGAACCAGUCACAACCGAGCGCACCACUGGAGGACCAGUCCUACAGAGACAGGACCGCUGGAGAGCCACCACUGGAGGACCAGUCCUACAGAGACAGGACCGCUGGAGAGCGAGAACAGGAGAAUGACUCCUGUCAGAGGGUCAAAUCAGCCCACAGAUCCCCAGGAUGUUUGGCCACUACACAAAAAAACAUUGCUGGGGCUAAGUGCAGAGAACCAUGCUACAGCCGGUCUGGACCCCCAUCAAACAGCCAGGCCCUGGGGGACAGGCUCACCAAAGGGCCAGAUGAUGGAAGACAGACUUUUGGAGGGACCUGCCUGCUACAGAUGAAAAUCCUGGAGGACCAGAUUCCCAGAGGCUUAAAACCUAGGGACCAUUGUCCCAGGAAGUCCAGGACACAGCUGUCUGCACUCUAUGAGGACGCAAAUAUUAAGGAGACGUCUCCCAGAAAACUAGACCACAAAGAGCCUGACUGCUGAACAGCCAGGACACAAGAGUUGGGCCUCUCGGGGGACCACAUCAUCUGGGAUGGGACCUUGGCAGGGCCAGAGCAUAGUGUCCUCGAUCUCUGGAGGACUAAACCACCCAAAGGCCAGAUCCCCACUGACAGAAGCUCCAGAGAUGGAACCUCCUAUGAGCCUAGUCACGAAGGACAAAAAAACCAGAGGACUAUACCGUGGAGAUCAAAGUCACCUGAGAUCCUGUCUUCUACAGGGGCAGGCUGUACAGGAGAGGAACAGUGGAGGGACAGGCCAUGGAAAACAGGACCACCUGGCUAGACCCUGAAGCCUGGAGAGGAUCAAGUUCCAAAGGGGAAUGCUAUGAAAGGGCAGUGAGA